GAGCGAUGAUGUCUCGCUGCUCGUUCAGUUUCCGUAGCAGCUCAGCCGACGUGGUGCCGGUGGUCAGAGAGUACGAGUGGUCCAGCGGGCUGCAGGUCACGCUGACGUACUGGACGGGCAGCUGGAGCACGGCGGCCCCAGUUUCGACUGAAGACUCGCCGACUAUGAUUUGUUCGAUACCAUCGUCCGAUUCGGGGAAACAAGCUCCCACAGUCGGGGCGGGUAGCCGCGCUGUGCCCAGCUGCGUCGCCACACCCUCGUCUUCCUCCUCGGUGCGUCUGAAGCAGCAGCAGCACCAUGAUGCGAUCAGCUCUGCUGGUUUUGGUUCUGACAGCAGUAUGCGACGGAAUCCUCCCCGAGAUAGCCUACUCAGGCAUCAAUCACAUCGUGGAAGGACCGUCCGAGCUGGACCGCGUAUUUGUGGAGCAGCUGCCGGAGGACCCACAUCCAAAGCCCGAGGAUGCAUUUCCCCAAGAAAACAAAAGUGUCAGCUUUCAUCAUAAUGACCUUCCUCAGAGCCAUCAGAAUGAAACCACUUCUGAUAAGGUGACUAAUGAUGAAUUUGUUCACACCUCAGCAGAGCAGGAGACCAACAUCAUCUCUUCAGCCGUCCCAGACAACGACCUGGAGAAUCACAUUGAUCAUGGAUGCAUCACGGAUGAUGAGUGUGGAGGAGGAAGGUUCUGCCUUCAUCACACCCAUAGUUCCAAGUGUCAGCCAUGCAAAGAAACUGAUUCAUCCUGCACUAAAGAUGUGGAGUGCUGCCACCAGCAGCUGUGUGUGUGGGGUCAAUGCAGUCAAAAUGCAACAAAAGGUGAAGCCGGCAGCACCUGUGAGCAGCAGACGGACUGCGACCUCGACCUCUGCUGUGUUUUCCAUAAGGCCCUACUCUUCCCAGUUUGUUCAGCCAAGCCCAUUGAACGCGAGCGCUGCUUUGGUGCCUCAAACCACCUGAUGGAGCUGUUAUCCAGGGACACACAAGACGGGGGGCCAAGGAAGCACUGCCCCUGUGCAGGAGAUCUUCAGUGCCAGCACCUGGGGCGGGGGUCCAUGUGUCUUAAAGGGGACGAAUCGAGUGAAGAGGACAUGACGGACUCGCUGUACUCAGAGAUAGACUACGUACUGUAGACACAGCUUUUUCUUGUGAACAGCAUGGAAGAUCUUCAAUAAUGCUUGGGCAUCUUUUUCUUCAAAUUAACUUAAUUUUCUCUCUGUCUGCUUAAUCCAAAGUUGUAAAGUUCCAGAACAUAGAGUGAAAAAAGCUUUUAAAAAGUCACCAAAGUGCACCAAUAUUAAUGUUUUAACAGAACUUUCUGAAUAACCACUUUUUUGUUUAUACUGACUUGCAUAAUGUAUUUUCAGGGUUAUAUAUAUGUGUAUAUAUAUAUAUAUAUAUAUAUAUAUGGCAUAUUAUAGCUCACAUUAACUUAUUUAGACUAACCCAAGGCUAAAGUGUCAUUUGCAAAACUUGAACCAUACUGAAAGUAUGUUUUUAACCCAUCAGUCUGCAGUUGAUCUCUUGGGUCAGAUUUGGAGGCAAAUUGUAAAGAAUCAGAUGAGUGUCUGUUGAGGGGUAUUCCUGAUCAUUUGUUGCUAAAAAGAAAAUUAUGUGCAGAUUGAGCAGCAAAUCCCCCUGUAAGAGCUUUGUUGGCUUACUCAGGUGAUUACAGUCAGCCUAUUUGAUUGGUCUAGUCAGGCAGCAAGAAGCACACCUGUGUUGGGAGUGGGAGACAGUUGUCACCAGCUUUCAAGCCGUUAAUAUGAUGGAUAUUUUAGAGAAGAAUGUUGAAAACAGUUACAUUUCUGCUGCAACGAGAACAAGGUUGAGGUUUAAUAGCCCAGCAUAACCAGGAAUUAAACACUGCCUCAUUAA